GGCCCCAGACCCGCCCCGCACCGCCUGCUCCGCGAACCCCGCUGCGCCUGCCGCUGCCGCCGCCGCCGCCAGGUCCCGCGCCCCGCUGCGCUGCUGGAGCGAGCCGCUCGUCCCGCGCCCGGAGUCCCAGAUGGCUUCAGUGACUGAUGGUAAAGCAGGAGUCAAGGAUGCCUCCGACCAGAAUUUUGACUACAUGUUCAAACUGCUCAUCAUCGGCAACAGCAGUGUUGGCAAGACCUCCUUCCUCUUCCGCUAUGCUGAUGACACCUUCACUCCAGCCUUUGUCAGCACUGUGGGCAUUGAUUUCAAGGUGAAGACAGUCUACCGCCAUGAGAAGCGAGUGAAGCUGCAGAUCUGGGACACAGCUGGGCAGGAGCGGUACCGGACCAUUACCACAGCCUAUUACCGUGGGGCCAUGGGCUUCAUUCUGAUGUAUGAUAUCACCAAUGAGGAGUCCUUCAAUGCUGUCCAAGACUGGGCUACUCAGAUCAAGACCUACUCCUGGGACAAUGCGCAGGUUAUCCUGGUGGGGAACAAGUGUGACAUGGAGGAAGAAAGGGUUGUUCCCACUGAGAAGGGACGGCUCCUCGCAGAGCAGCUUGGGUUUGACUUCUUUGAAGCUAGUGCCAAGGAGAACAUCAGCGUGAGGCAGGCCUUUGAGCGCCUGGUGGAUGCCAUUUGCGACAAGAUGUCUGAUUCGCUGGACACGGACCCCUCCAUGCUGGGCGCCUCCAAGAACACUCGUCUCUCUGACACCCCACCGCUGCUGCAGCAGAACUGCUCGUGCUAGUGUGCAGCAAGUCCUAUGAUUCUACUUCUAAAAUAUAUCUCAAG